AUGGCCUCCGUCUACUCCUCACCAGGCUUUGAUUUCUCAAACUCAGUACGGAACUCGUUCCUCCAGGAAAAGGGCAUCCCUCUCCCAAAGGCUACCAGCACCGGUACCACCAUCGUCGGCUGCAUCUUCCGCGAUGGCGUCGUUCUUGGAGCAGAUACCCGUGCAACAGAGGGCCCUAUUGUAGCAGACAAGAACUGCGAGAAGAUUCACUACAUCACCGAGUCGAUUCGAUGCUGCGGUGCUGGAACUGCUGCUGACACCGAGUUCACGACCGCAUCUAUCUCGAGUAACAUGGAGCUCCACGGGCUCUCGACAGGUCGCCCCGCUCGCGUAGUCACCGCCAUGACUAUGCUGAAGCAGUACCUCUUCCGGUAUCAAGGGCAAGUCGGUGCCGCCCUCGUCCUCGGUGGGAUCGACGUGACUGGCCCACAACUGUUCACGAUCCACCCACACGGUUCGACUGACAAGCUCCCCUACGUCACCAUGGGCUCGGGUUCGCUCGCUGCAAUGGCUGUCUUUGAGAGCGGAUGGAAAAAUGACAUGACUCGCGAAGAAGCCCUCUCCCUCGUCACCGCCGCCAUCUCAGCCGGCAUCUUCAACGACCUGGGCUCGGGCUCGAACGUCGACGCGUGCGUCAUCACGCCGCAGGGCACCGAGAUGCUGCGCAACUUUGUGAGGCCCAACGAGCGCGUCGAGAAGGAGCGCAAGUACGGCUUCCGCCGCGGCACGACCGCGUGGAAGAGCGAGAAGAUCCGCAGCCUGAUCGUCAGCGAGAACGUUAUCCCCGUUGGCGCUGCGGCGGGUGCGACCGCGGGUGCGGGCGGGGAGGCGAUGGAUACGAGCUAGAUUAUUGGGGCAGUCGAUCAACAUCCUUGUAAUACUUUCAUCUUGCAAUCAUACAAGCUUAAAAAUCAC